AGCCUUCCUCCCUACACACGCAGCAUCACCACGCAUCCCUACUCCACUGUGCAGUCUCUCUUAUUUGCCUCCCCAUCACCACACAUAUGAGAAAUCGCUCGUGGGGGCCCUGCCUAUUGAUCUCUUAACAUCUGGAACACCUCAUAUUUGUUUUACAAGGCAGAGGCGAAGCGUCUGUGCCCGAGAUAGAGGAGUGAGACAGCAGCAGCAGCAGCAGCACCAGGACGGACCACUUGACACCUUGCUUCACGACAUCGAUAUGCAGUAGUGUGAUACCAGCUCUGCGGAGACGGGAAGGCCAGUCCAUGGCAUCUUGAUAUUAAAACCGUGGGCUCUGCGCAUUCCUCACCGACGGCGUAGUCUUUUUUCCCCCCUGCGGAGUCGAAAGGAUUAACUUGGCCAGAUAUUAAAAAAGAAGAAGAAGAAGAAGCGGCGAGGGAGGAAAUCUUAACAAUAAUUAAAUUUGACCAAAUUCUGUUUGGGGGAUUCGUGGGAUAUCAUUGGACCUGCGAUGGACUCCAGCGCGGGGGAAUAUGGCAUGGCUCGUCUUGGAUUGUUUUUGGUUUUGAUGGGGCUGUGGAGAUUUAGCGAUGCUUGCCCCGCAUCUUGCACUUGCAGCAUCUCAAGAAUUGUUUGUAUUGAUUCUGUACCAGGGAUCGAGGAUUUCCCUGUCCUCACGUUAGAUGACAUGGAAAACAUCACCGAGAUAUACAUUACUAAUCAAAACAGACUGUUUGACAUCAAUGACAACAGUCUGAGGCACUACAUAAACCUCAGAAACCUAACGGUGAUGAAGACGAGAUUGACAUUUAUAUCAUCAGAUGCAUUUUUCAACAAUACAAGACUUCAAUAUGUAAAUCUCAGAGACAAUAACCUAUCAACGCUGUCAUGGAGAACAUUUCAGAACUUAAACACAACAUUCCCGCUCCUGCUGGCCGGUAACCCUCUGGAUUGUGUUUGUGAGAACAUGUGGAUCAAACUGAGGCUCCUAGAAGACCUCGACAGUCAGGACCUGAAAUGCUUAGACGACAGAGGAGCGCCACAGGCCUUCUCCACACUCACCCCACCAGACUGUGUGAUUCCCAGAGUAGAGGUCAACCCGAGCACCUUCACGGAGAUGCAGGGGAGUAAUGUCAAAGCUGUGUGCAGGGCCACGGGCUCCCCUCCCCCUGAGAUCGUGUGGAACCUCGACUGGCUCUCGACCCACCACGAGAUUGAUCCUUCGGAAACAGAGAGCAGCCUCAGCUUGUCAGACCUUUCUCCUGAUGAUAAUGGGAAGGUGAUCAUAUGCAGCGCCGAGAACAUGGUCGGUCAGACGGAGGCCACUCUGCAGCUCAAUAUUCUCUUUGCCCCCACCAUCCAGCAGCUGCUGGGGCCCGAGCGGGACCACCACUGGUGCAUCCCCUUCAGCGUGACGGGGAACCCUAAGCCGGAGCUGCAGUGGUACCACAAGAACAUCCCUCUGAAGGAGCAGGACUACAUCCGCACCAUGAUCCACGUCUCCACCGAGAGCGAGUACCACGGCUGCCUGCAGCUGGUCAACCCCACGCACAUCCACAACGGUGUGUACAGGCUGGUGGCGAAGAAUAAGUACGGCCGGGACGAGAAGAAGGUGUCUGCCCAGUUCAUCGACCCGCCUUACAUCGACCACACAGCAGAAGACUUCUACUACUACACCACCGACUCUCCACUCCCUCCGCUGGAUGACAGUGUUGCAGUUUAUGUAGUUGUGGGAAUAGCAGGAGUCGCCCUGACCGGCUGCGUUCUGAUGGUGAUCAUUCUGAAAUAUGGAAGAAACUCCAAGUUUGGGAUUAAAGGCUCCUCCUCAGUCAUCAGUAAUGACGAUGACUCUGCCAGCCCUCUUCAUCACGUCUCCAAUGGCAACAACACCCCGUCGUCCUCGGAGAUGGGUCCAGACGCAGUGAUCAUUGGGAUGACAAAGAUUCCUGUCAUUGAGAACCCACAGUACUUCCGUAACUCCGGCAGCAUGCUGAAAUCUGACACGUUUGUCCAGCACAUCAAGAGACACAACAUCGUUCUGAAGCGGGAGCUGGGAGAGGGCGCCUUUGGUAAGGUGUUCCUCGCCGAGUGCUACAACCUGACACCCGACCAGGAGAAGCUCCACGUGGCGGUCAAGACUCUGAAAGAAGCCAACGAGAGCGGCCGGGCUGACUUUUACAGAGAGGCCGAGCUCCUCACCAACCUGCAACACGAACACAUUGUCACUUUCUACGGCGUGUGUGUCGAGAGCGACCCGCUCAUCAUGGUGUUUGAGUACAUGAAACAUGGAGACCUGAACAAGUUCCUCAGGUCUCACGGUCCUGAUGCAGUGCUAAUGGCAGACGGUCAACACAGUAUCUUGGUGGAGCUCACCCAGUCCCAGAUGCUGCACAUUGCCCAACAGAUUGCGGCUGGCAUGGUCUACCUGGCCUCUCAGCACUUUGUCCACAGAGACUUGGCAACCAGAAACUGCCUGGUAGGAGAAAACCUGCUGGUCAAGAUAGGAGACUUUGGCAUGUCCAGAGACGUUUACAGCACAGACUACUACAGAGUGGGCGGUCAUACGAUGCUGCCAAUCCGCUGGAUGCCCCCAGAGAGCAUCAUGUACCGGCGGUUCACCACAGAGAGCGAUGUGUGGAGCCUCGGCGUGGUGCUGUGGGAGAUCUUCACCUAUGGAAAGCAGCCCUGGUACCAGCUCUCCAACAAUGAGGUGAUAGAGUGCAUCACGCAGGGCCGUGUGCUGCAGCGACCUCGCACCUGUCCUAAAGAGGUGUAUGACCUGAUGCUGGGCUGCUGGCAGAGGGAGCCCUACAUGAGGCUGAACAUCAAGGAGAUCCACAGCAUGCUCCAGAGCCUCGCCAAGGCCUCACCUGUGUACCUGGACAUACUAGGCUGAGGCUCUUGUAUGUACUUUUGCGUGCAUGAUUGUGUGUGUGUGUGUGUGUGUGUGUGUGUGUGAGCUGGGGGUGUUUGUUUGCACAUGAUGAGACGGAGAGGAGAGGAGGAAAUGAAGGUUGUGCGACUGUGAGUCUGUGUACAGUACCUGGCUGUAAAUGUUCUUGUAAAUGCUAUCGUCCGUUUCCUCAUUACAUCGAGAAAAGCCUUAAAUUCUGAGUGUUUUCUUUUCUUUUUCUUGUUUUUUUUAUUUAUUUAUCCAUUUACAGAUGUUACUGAGGCAUGUUUCACAAAUGGAAACCAAAAUGCAUAUAGGAUUAUGUAAAUUUAUCCAAUCCAUCAACUCUCCUAUAUGUGAAAGGCAUAAAAAUAAUCAGUCAUCGAUUACUGGGUUACUCUGUCUGCAUUCAUCGCGUUAAAUAAUCUCUGAAAGGGAAAAUAAUGUGUCUCCAUAAUGAACAGUGUGUGGACACGACUUUGUAGAUAGAGCUUUGUCUCCUUUCAACACACAGAGAGACACACUCUGCAGGAAGACAAAAAAAAAUACUCAAGUUACAGCUGAAGCUUUUUCCUUUAUAUGUCACAGACUAUUUUAAUAUUUGUAGAAUUUAUAAAUGUUGACUCUGUUUUCAUUCAAAGCUGUUGAUUUCAACCUGUGGUUUUUGAGUCAUCUACAGAAACUUUUGCUUGUUUGCAUUUUAAACAUACGUCUAUAUUAUAAUACGCGUACGUUUAAGAAAUAAUUUAAAACCCAUAUAGAUUCUCAUAGGUGCCUGUGUCUGUAAUAUACUCUGUUACACUUUAUAACAACAAUCAUUAAAAAAUAGUAAAUGAAUAGCUAAUCAAACUUCAGUAAAUUAUUUCUCUGUUAAGAAAAUAAUAAAAUUCAUUAUUAGUAAUAUAAUAUAAUUUUAUAUUUUAACCAUAUAUAUAUA